GGGGCUGGGCAUUUGCGCUUCUGGUUUCAGCGGUCUCCAUUUUGCGAGUCGCUGCGCUGAGGGGUUCGUUUGCGCAUCUUGCAGCACGGUCAACGACAGACUUAGGCAUUCAACAUAUUAAGCUAUUCGUGAUCGCGCCUGUGCUGGUCAAUAAGACCGAGUUCGGUUUCGCGUCAAGGACCGCAACGACAGAGGACAAAGUACUGUUACUGCAUGUAUGGCUAAAACGAGUCACUCCCCCGGGCAAAACAGGCGAGCCCCGCUUUAUGCUGCCCAGCCAAACACAUGCUGUGGAUGGUUUUGCCUGGGUGGAGGACAUCAGCAACAUCAGCUCCAGCCUGUAUGGAUGCCUGUUCAGCCAAGUCGACCCCCACGUCUGGCAGCCACGACUGCGGCUUGGCACCACCUCAGGGGACACAGUAGCCUCCACCCCCAUCCCCAACAGUCUUGACCACCCCUGGUCGCACCUGCGACCGUUCCACUUCACCUUCCUGCUGCCCGCCGCACAUGAGUCGGACUUCUGCUUCAAGGUGUGGGAGGCCUCCUUCCCCGAUAACCGCGCGCCCUUCUGCCUGCCGCCCUCCUCCGCCGCCCUGUGCCACCGCCUGGCGCCGGCCGCCGCCUACACGCCCGACCGGCCCGCGCUGUGGUCCGUGCUCAUCCCCCUCCGCAGCAUGGGCGCGCCCUGGGGCACACACGUCAGCCGCACCACCGUGCGGCUGCACCACCACCUGGCAUAUCUGCGGGAGAACAUGUUGAUGCUGCGCUUCGCCAACCCCAUCUUCUCCGCCUUCUUCAACCGCCACUACAUCUCAAACAUCCAGAUCACGUUCAAGGAGCCGUUCGGCACUGAGGGCCGCGGCGGCUACUUCGACUCGUACGGCAUCAUCCGCGACGUCAUCCAGAACCACCUGGCGCAGGUUCUGGCGCUGCUGACCAUGGAGGCGCCUGUGAGCCUGCACCCGGACGACAUCCGAGACGAGAAGGUCAAGGUGCUGCGCUGCAUCGCGCCCGCGGGCCUGGCCGACUGCGUGCUGGGGCAGUACGCCGCAGACAAGGGCCAGCCCGGGUACCUGGACGACCCCACGGUGAACCCCGGCAGCCGCACUCCCACCUUCGCGGCGGUGCGUGUGUUCGUGCGCAAUGAGCGCUGGGACGGCGUGCCCAUCAUCAUCAAGGCCGGCAAGGCGCUCAACGAGAGGCUGGCGGCGGUGCGCAUCCAGCUGCGCACGCCGCCCGCCUCCAUCUUCGGGCCGCUGGACCACAUGCGCAACGAGCUGGUGGUGCGCUUCCAGCCUGGUGAGGCCAUCUAUGCCAAGAUGGUUGUGAAGAAGCCGGGCCUGGAGAUGGACUUUGAGAUGAGCGAGCUGGACCUGUCAUACCCGGAGCGGUACAAGGGCGUGGUGAUCCCGGACGCCUACGAGCGCCUCAUCCUGGACUGCAUCCGGGGCGACCAACAGCACUUCGUCCGCCGCGAUGAGCUGCGGGCGGCCUGGGCCAUCUUCACGCCGCUGCUGCACGCCAUCGACGCCGGCGCGGUGCCCCUGCACCCCUACCCCUACGGCUCCCGCGGCCCGGCUGCGGUGGACCAGUUCAUCACCGACAGCGGCUACGUGCGCACCGAGUACAGCUGGCAGCAGUCACACCCCAGCCAACACUCGCAGGCACCGGCGCAGGCGGCGGCGGCGGGUGCGGCGGCGGGCAAUGGCGCUGGAGUCGAAGGCGUGGCCGCGGGCGCAGCACCAGCACCAGCAGGCAAGCUGUGAAGGCACAAGGUGGAUCUUAUGUGUGGAAGUUAGGGAAAUCAUGGACGUUUCAGCCUUUCAUGGCAGCCAAGCAGCGCAAUCAGUUGUGCUUGCACACGAGGAGAUGCUUGCACACGGCUGUUGGUACAUGCGCAGUCGUGCGCCUGUUGUGAUAGAGCUUAAUCGUAGCUUUGAGUUGGUGGGUUUGCAUUUGGAGGUGCAUUUAGACUUGUGAGGCAGGCGAUAUGUGUCAGGGCAGGACUCACGUGACGGGGGUCUACAUGCUCCGGCCUAACGAGUAGGUGCCAUCACUAUCAAAAGGAGUCACAGCGUGGAGUCACAAUGAUGCAGUGCAGGUAUGCGGGCAUGGCAUGCGAGCACGGAAGGCACUGCGGGUUUGGGUUGCUUGUUGAUUUGGCAAGUCAUAAGGAAUGACUGCGUAUACUGCCUGCGGCCUGUGUCAGGCAUUGUUGGUAGUGGCUGCAACUUGCGGGUGAAGGCACCGGACCGGCAGCUCUCGUGGGAGCAGGUCCCCGUGGCUGGGGGUCGCACGGGUGCAGCACGGGGGGGGGGGGGUUGUAAAUACCAGCCCAAACUAAACCGGGGGGGGUUUGUAAAUACCAGCCCAAACUAAACCAGAACCAACGAAAACGAGAGUGCAGGCAGAGGCGUUAGUUGCGAGCGAUAAUACUUAUGGGAUGUGGGUCGAGGCGUCGUGGAGCAGCGUGGGGUAUGGCCAGUGGGCUGUGGGGAUGCCGGCAUGCCGCGAGUGUGGUUGUGUGACGGUGGGCUGGUGGCUUGCCCGGCACCGGACUCAUGUGAAUUGAUGUCUUGAUCGCUGGCGCGGUGGAGGUGGCUUUUGGUGGCCUAGCGCGCGCUCCUCGCCGGACACCAGCCCCUCCCCUGCUGGCAACUCUUGAUGCCGCUGCAUGGGUGUCGCUGCAGGUUCAAAGCCUCGCGUCUCCAACAACUGCGUCCCUGUCCUCAACACUGCGUCGCACUCGUGUGAUUGGUCAAGUCCACGGUGCUAGCAGACCGGGCACGGGUGCACGACGUCAGCCGCCCGAGUCCGUCAGUUCGCACUGUGCCUUCUGCCGGAUGCAUCGGUCACACGAGCCCCUUAGCGCCGACCUGAGCCGCUCGGCUCCAGCACUCCUUAGGUCGCGGCCCCGGGCCUCCCGACGGUCGCAUCCCAGGCCGCAUCCGCUGGCAUCCAGCGCGAGCCGAACCCAGACAGCACACUGACCUCUAGACGUUAGAGCUGCAGGUGCAAAUAGCCUCUGAUGUGUACAAGGAAAUUACUCGUAGACCGC